GUUAUCCAUUCCCGCCAAGGAGAGUCGAAGAAAUCUCAACGCCGGCCACCGCACGCAGUACAGAUGUCCCUGUACACCAUCCCUUUCCGCCCACCUUGUCCAAUCAUUGCCUGCCGCGUGUCUUCAUCCCUAGCCGUCACUCUCCCUUCACCUCCUACCGCUACCGCAACUGCAGCCGCCCUUCCCUCGCUUACAUGCGCCUUGCAAUGCCCUCACUUCGAAACGUGCUCUGGAUGCACGCACGAGUUCAAUCUACACCGUCCGAUCAUCGUGGAGGAAGCAACUGAUUUCUUCAAGAGUCUUGGAGUUUCAGAUUUUACUUUCGAUAGCUGUAGAUUGUGGGGAUGGAGAUGUCGAGCAAAGCUAGCUGUUCGUGGAUCAUCGGAGAACCCUCUGAUUGGACUCUACCACGAGGGUACUCACAACGUAGUGGAUAUUCCUCAAUGCAAAGCUCAUCACCCCAAUAUUAAUGCCGCUGUUGAGCUACUAAGACAAGGUAUUAGAGAGUUAAAUAUUGAGCCAUACGAUGAGGAUCAAGGGACAGGGGAUUUGCGAUACCUUCAGAUGGCAGUGACAACAUACAAUACAUCACUUCCAGCUGCGGAAAGAUAUAGAAAUGGCAGAGUACAGGUAUCUUUAGUUUGGAAUUCAAGAAAUGAGAAAUCUUCGAAUUCGGACAAAUUAAAUGCCUUGGCCAAUUUCUUGUGGAGAAAUGGUGGGCCAAGGAGUAAUCUCCAUUUGAUUCACUCUGUAUGGGCUAAUUUUCAAACAUCUACUAACAAUAUAAUUUUUGGGAAUAGGUGGAGACAUCUGUUAGGGGAAAGAGAUUUCUGGGAACAUGUGGGAGGAAUUGAUAUAUCCUUGGAUCCCUCCAGUUUUGGCCAAGCAAACACACGGGCUUUUGAUAACUUGCUUCGGAAAUUACACAAGUAUGUGCCUUAUGGAGCAUCUGUGGCUGAUUUGUAUGCAGGAGCUGGUGUAAUUGGAUUAUCCUUAGCUGCCAAUAAAAAAUGCAGGUCUGUCAAAUGCAUCGAGAUUAACAAAGAGUCUAAGCCAUCAUUUGAGAAGACGAUUGACCGCUUACCAAACUCUAUAGAGGGCAGCAUUAGCUGGCAUAACACUGACACUUCCAUUGAUCCUCUUUCUUGGGUUGUUGGAUCCGAUGUAAUUGUUGUUGAUCCUCCUAGGAAGGGACUGGAUGCCUCUUUGAUUGAUGCAUUACGAACCAUAUCAUCACAUAAAGUUAAACCAUCAUUCAAAAGUUCUUCUUCAAAUAUAAAAGAAGAAAAGAGACCAUGGAUUUUACGUGAAAAAGAACGUGCAAAAGAAGCUUCAGUUCAAGUUGGAAGAGAAACAGCUUUGGAAGAUCCUCAAUCUCUUCCACAAACUCUCAUUUAUAUAAGCUGCGGGUGGGAAAGCUUCAAAAAGGAUUGCAAGGCCUUGUUGACCAGUAAGUGUUGGCAUUUGGAAAAAGCCCAUGGUUUUAAUUUCUUUCCUGGCACUCAGAGCAUUGAGGUUUUGGCAGUGUUCAAAAGGAGCCUUAAGAAAAAGAAAACAAGAAAGGAAAAGAAGAAACAGUUGUGAGGAACAGAGUACCAUUGAUUUUGCAUUAAGUUUUUGAAUCUCUUUUCACCUUCUUCCUUAAGAAAAUGGUCAGAUCAUAGUCAUAGGUAAGAUGGGCAUUUCAUCAGUGUGUGGUUGUGAAAGAUGCACUAACUUUUGAGUAGCCUUCGUUGUCAAACGGUCUCAGAUUCAGCAUGUUAAGAAGACUCAGAACUCGAGUAUAUAUGUUGCAUAUGAGAGGACAGCAGAAUGUAAAUAGAAGAAAAAAAUGUGUAUCAUUCAUUACUCUGUGCUGAACCAAAUGGAAAUUUGUUCAUUAUUGACUGAAAUUUUAUGAAAAAGAAUGGGCGCAGCUGAGCAAA